GCUCAUCAUGCGAUAUUUCGUGUACUGAGCGCCCGAACUAGCAAGGUUAACUCAUUAACAAAACAUGACAUUAGUCGCCGGAUGAGCUUGUUAACGUAACUGGUCCUCAAUCGUUCGAACGGGGCUUAUGUAAUCCUCCACCCCCGGAACACGCACCUACCUGGUACUUACCUAACCGUGCACUCCGACGAGUGCUGACGGAGUGCACGGUUACUGUCUGCAGUGUGACAUGAAGCGGCCGGAAUUCCACCACUGCAGCGGAACCCGAAGGGCUAUAACAACCAGCAGCCCCGCUGUAACUUACCAUACACUUCCACUCCCACCACCGGGUAGAUCAUACGUCCAAACACAUCUAUUCUAUACCAUUUACCAACCGCCUACAUUCUCGUCUUCCCCAGUGAACUGCGAACGCAAAGCAAGGAACCGAGAAUAGAACUGUCGUCAUCGUCAUAUCACAUCCUCCUACCGUCAAAAUGAGCGGAAUCAUCCCUCCAGAGCUCGAAGCAUACAAUGAAAAGAUGCGAGAAUCAUUUUACGCCCUCGCCACUCCUCUCAACAUCUCCAUCUUCCUCAUCAUCAUGACCCUUCUCUACCUCCGACUACGACCCAGCGAGCCGCCCAAGCUGCCCCAGGGCCCGAAACCCAUCGUCUUCCAGACCUUCACCCCGCGCACACUGCUCAAAUACAACGGACAGGACAAUAGUCCCGUCUACCUGGCUGUUCGGGGUAAAGUCUACGACGUCAGCAGUGGACGCAACUUCUACGGACCGGGAGGUCCCUAUGAGAACUUCGCCGGCCGGGACGCCACGAGGGGUUUGGCUUGUCAGAGCUUCGAUGAGGAAAUGUUGACAAAGGACCUCGAUGGGCCGCUGGAUGAUUGUGCCGAUCUUACACCCGAACAACUUGAAAACCUCCAGGGUUGGAUCGAACGAUUCGAUGAGAAGUAUCUGGUCGUGGGUAAAUUGGUGCCUUUCAAGAAGACAGACUUCCAUUAGCCGUUGUGACUGCCGCCUUUACUCUGAGCGUAGUAUAGCAAAAUGUGGACAGCCAGACAGGGAGUCAUAACCUCCCGCUAGUAAAUAGGUACUGUUGUUACAAGCAUGCUUUUUGGAAUUCGUGCUAUUGCUAUCGUGAAUUAAGCUCUAGAGAUACAGAUCGUUAAGCUGCCCUCAGGCAAUCCAUGGCACGAAUGCCCACUGAUCACACCAACUCCACCCUGUGCGUCACACUCGUUCGAGUUCCGCUACCUUCCGGGGUAUCAUUCGUUCCGUGAUGCGUUCACAACUCAUUCUUGGCGCUAGAGGCACUCUUGGAAGCAGAGGAUGCACUCUUGGAGGCGGCGCUAGAGGCAGCGCUGGAGGCGGACGAUGCGCUCUUGGACGCAGCACUGG